AUAAACUAACGGCUGGAAACACUGUAGAAAAUGCGCGCAAUUUUUCGGGGUGAUUUGACGGGAUUUGACGUGCAAUGCAACCGCUCUACUCGGCUCUGCUCGAUUCGAAUCAUUUUUCUGUAGGAUUCGACGAGGAUCGAAAGGCGACUCGAGGUCUGAGCAAGGGCAGACGGGGAUAGGCGACGGCGGAGAUGCGUUCAUCGUGCGACCAGGCUAGCCGUGAGUCCAGUGCUUCGUCCACUUCCUCCUUCCUCUGGAACCAGCUGGUAUCUGGAAAAGCAGUCGCCCUGGGCCUUGACGUCUGCAGGAAGCCACUGGUGAGGCUGAAGGAGCAGGCCCUGAACGCAGCCUUCAGGGUCAGCCUGGACAGGAGCGCUACAGAGGCCCCAGCCCUGCAGGGCACCGUCUGUGCCGAGAAAAAUGGCAUCACAGUGCUGCUAGACCAGCUGUCCACCGGGAGGGCAGCCCUGCCGUCUGGCAUUGUCCACGCCCCAUGCAAGUUUCAGAAGCCUGGAGAGCAUCGGGAGCCGACGAGGGAAGAACGUCUUGCAAGCCUAUCGGCCCUGUGCCAGGACUGGCAGCGAGUGCCUCUGGAGGAAGGGCUUCCCCUGGUGUUGUGUGCCCCCCACGUGGAAGUGCGCUGCUGUGCCCGAGGCCCCCUGUGCACCGUGAGCGUGGAGCUGCUCACGGCAUCCGUCCCGCUCCGCUUGGUGCCUCUCCACCCGGUGCCCGUGCUCCGCUCCGGGGUGCAGGACCGACCCCCCGGGAACGGCCCGGACUUUGGGUUUGCGGCGCUGUGCGCGGACCGCCUCUGCUUCCUCUUCAAGCACCAGCUGCACAGCGGCGACCUUCCUCUCGUGGGCGUGUGGGUGAGUGGGGUGGACUCGAUCCAGCACCCGUUCCUCUGGCUGGUGUGCGCCCAGUUCCUCACGAGCCGAAGGCCUUUCUCAAGGCCGUCUGAGAUCUUUGUGGUGGCUGUGCUUGCCGGCUCCGAAACGCUCUUCUACAACUGCUUGUGUCCCCCGGGCCGGCCGCGACUGGAGCUGCAGCUCUGGCAGGGACAGGCCUCCACCAGCAUCGCCAGGGUCCCCUCUGCGAGCAAUUGCACCCUGACAGUUGCCCUGGAGUCUGUGGUCUCGGGCAAGGUCUCCGAGGACAUGCUCUGGGCACACCAGCAGCUCUCCAGCCUGCCAUCCCCAGCAGGGAGCCGGGAACUGCUGUCCCAGGAUCUGCGCUGCCCCGGACAGCCCUUGCGCAUGACGCCGACGGUGCCAGAGGUGUCCGACUUCUCGGCGGCACCCUCCUGUCUGGGUGCUUCCCUGGGCGACGCCCCCCUGCCGACGAGCGCAGUGGCAGAGCUCUCCUUGCAGGAUCCUCGAGCGCCGGAUCAAGGCACGCUCUGCAGGCCAUCGGAGACCUGUCCAAAGAUGCCCACCAGCCUGCCCGGCACAGGUUGCCUGCAUAAUGACAGAAAGCCUCGGGAACACGUCACGUCACAGGGCGCGGAGGCUGUGUACGAGCUGAUACGUCGUCAGGACGAGCAGCUUCGAGAGCUCCGGCUCCAGCUGGAGCAGCUGCUCCAACGGCAGGCCAGGGACGACAAGGCAAGACUUGCGGCUUCCCAGGCUAUUCAGGCUGGGCGGGAUGCAUGGACCCAGACAAGCAGGCCAGGGGUGUGCUCCAGGGCCAGCCAGACGACCUGCAACCAGCGCAACCUGGCAUGCAACCAGGCAUGCAACCAGGCAUGCAACCAGGCAUGCAACCAGGCAUGCAACCAGGCAUGCAACCAGGCACGUAAUCAGGCACGUAAUCAGGCAUACGACAAGACAUGCAAUCAGAUUCACAACCCGGGCGGCAACCAGACUUGCAACCCGGCCAGCCCUCGAGAGCCGUACACCGUUUUCUUCCCCGAGAAGCUCACACCAGGGGCUAUGCACCACAGGGACCAGGCAACAGGCAGAAGUCCGCUGCUUCCAGACAGGCCGACACCUGCCGCAUCUCCGGCACUCCUCCAAGGCAGCGCCAAGGCAGCAAGGUUGGAGGGCACUGAGACGCUGAUCGUGCCCCGGCUGGAGUACCAGAGCCUGCGGCUGGUCAGCGGGGAGCUGGCUGCUCCCUGCAGCCCCCAGGGGGCGCUGUCUGUGGCCACCCAGCGCUACCUGCACCAGUACGGCCUGCUGGACCCCGAGAGUGCCCUGGACGAGGGACCCAUCCUGGACAUCAGUGCCCUCAAAAAGCUGCCCAAGCUGCUCUGAGCGUGUGGGGGCACGCCCUGUUCAAGGCGAGUGUGCAGUCUGACCACUGCAACCUGUGCAUCCAGUCGAAUUAGUGCAUCUGCACCAGCACGUCCACAGUCGCACCGGUGUGUUCUGGUCGCACCGGUGCAUUUGCCCCAGUGUGUCUACAGUCGCAACAGUGCAUCUGCAAUGCAUCCACAGUUGCUCCAGUGCAUAUACAGUCGCACCAGUGCAUCUACAGUCGCACCAGUGCAUCUACUAACUCGCAACAGUGCAUCAGCAUUGCAGCAACAGUUGCUCCAGUGCAUCCAAAGUCACACCAAUGCAUUCACAGCUGCACCAGUGCAUCUGUCCUAGUGUGUUCAAACUCACGACAGUGCAUCUGCAGAGCAUCCACAAUUGCUCCAGUGCAUCCAUAGUCACACCAGUGAAUCAAAAGCUGUACCUCUGCAGUGCAUCCAUGGUUGCACUAGUACAUCUGCACCAGUGCGUCCACGGUCGCACAAGUCACCUGCAGCCAUGUGCCUGUGGCCGCACCAGCUUUGCGACUGGAAGUGCCAGUAGCCUCAAGAAACAUGGAGAUUGUCCUAGAGCUUAGCAGAGAGCAUGCAUGGGCCAUUCCUUGGGUCUACCAGAGGUGGUGGCAGUUGCUGCGUUCAAUUUAUUUAGGCCAGAUGCACUUGGUGUGCACACUGCCGUAUUUGAUUGUCAAAACAGAACUGGAAGUACAUUUCCCUGUGGUUUUCUGCACCAAUGCAGGCUGGCACAGGUACGUCGAACGAGCCUAUACUUCGUUUCAGCUUAAGUCCAGACGCAGCCGAUGCUGCAAGCACCAGCUCGGGGCUUUCAGCGCUUCUCCUGCCAAGCACGCGCACUUGUAGCAUCGGCUGCAUCUGAGCUUAAGCUGAAACGAAGUAUAGCUGUGCGAUUGUGUGGCAGCAUUGUUGGAGACAAUAUUUUAACAAUUUUACAAUAUAUACUUUAAAAAAUUUGCAGGGUUUAAUUUUUACAUUGUUUAUUUUGCCAAAAUAGAAAACGCCAUACUUUUGAAAUAUCAAGAACAGAACUGUUUUGCGAUUUGCAUUAGCAAGAAGAAAAAAAAGUGUUGUUUAGUCAAUUAAUCAUGUUGUUCAAUAAAUAAAAAAAAAAAUUUUGGUCACCACACAAUAACAUUCACUCUUCUGACCGUUUCAAGAAGAUCAUUUUUAUCCCCGUUGUCUAAUUUCAAUGGAAACUUGUAAUCUGUCGAAUUCUGAUCUUCUCUUGCAUGUAUGGAUAGUGUAAAUUCUUUUAUUGUACAAGUUCCUUUAUCGUGCACUACCGUGAAAUCCCGAGCAAGGGCCCACUCAAAAUUAAGAAAUAAUAAUGUAAAACUGGGGAUGGGCGCUUCUUAGGUCAACAAUAUGUAAAGAUAUGUCUUGUGUAUAUAUCCUAAUACAAAAUUGAGGGGUGGGCACUUAGGUCAACAAUAUGUAAAGAUGUGUCUUGUGUAUUUAUCCUAAUGCUACAAAAUUGAGGGGUGGGCGCUUGUGGAAUGGGCGGACGCUUUGUAUUUUACGGUAAGUGCUUCCUGGCUUUUCACUCUUCGCAAGAUUUUGUUUAAAGCAUGUAGACAUGUUUUCAAUGCUAGGACAAAGAAACUAUUUUUGCACGAGCAGAGAGAAUAAAACAUCUUAUUUAUUGCAAUGCACACUAAUUGGCUUUCACUUUAGUUUGGUUACGUACUUGCACAGGUAGGCGGUGAUCCGGUGUUAUUGUGUCGUUCUUGCAGUGUCUCUUGAUCUCACACGUUUGUCUCUUUGGCCACUGCUGUAAAUUUAAUUGCUUUUGCUAUUGAAGCUGUUUUAGCCCCAUGUUUACUUCUACAAAGGUAAAAAAAAUCCCUGUAACUGACCAAUAUAUUUGUCUACAAGAUUGAGAAACAUUCAAAGCUAGUUAUUACGCUGAAGUUAUUCGUAAUAUUUGCUUAUAAUCGAGUACACGGAGUAAAUGCAUCCACGUUUUCCGAAAUUCAUUACCGGAUGUCAAUUUUAGACUGGAUGCCGUCUGCUUCAAUUAUCAUCAGCCCACAAGUGCUGGCCGGGCCCCUAGCAGACAUUACAAUUACGCCGUGGUUCUCAGAAUAGAGCUAGCUCUAGUCUCAUUAAAAACAUCCAACAGUUUGGUGGCGGGCCACGGGUGAGGGGAAAAAGCGCGCCGUACCCAGUGCUAAAUCAGUGCUCGCCGCAUCUGAGAACCGGGCUUUACCAGGAAUGCUAGCUGGCGGAAAAGUGUGGUUUUUCUCACAGGUGUUUUCGAAAGGCAAGAAAGUAAAGGUGGUUUUUUGUUGGUACAGUCAAAUCUCAUUAAUUCGAAGGGGACUGAAAAUUUGUUUGAAUAAAGCAAAGCUUGAAUCACCGGGAGUUUCCUCCCAUAGACACGCGUAGGAUGGGACCUGUAUAUUAGUUUGAAUUAAGAGAGUUUGCAUUAACGAGAUUCAACUGUACCUUUUUUUCCACUUUGGCACAGUAGCGUCUGGUAAUCACUGCUGCUUGACAUGUGCAUUUUUCCACAACAUGGAAGACAUAUUGCCAAGGCUCUUUUUGCGGUGCUGCUUUGAGGCUCUUCAGUUUUAGAAAGUGUAGGAGAAAUAUUUAUUUCCUCACCCCAAACAAUACGGGCCCUACCAAAGCGAAUCCUGCGCAGCCGCCCAAAACUGCCACGUCGACUGGGUCUUUCAUAUUGUAGGGGAAUGUACACCCGUGAGCAAUAUGAAGGUGAACAGCCCUCUGGGGCACUGACUCAGUUUGGAGCCUGCCAAUAGCAUUUCAAAGUAGAACGCGAGUGGGCACCAAUAUCAUGUCAAUAUCAACAGCGUCGCGCACUGUACAUGACACUGUGUCCAGCAUCAGAACAAAACAAUGCUAAAAAAUUAAUCCCAAACCAGUAGGUUUAGCCCGAGUCACUGCUUGGGUCACUGCAGGCGAGCCACAAUGAGACAAUGCAAGUGGGCUUUUGGAGAAAGCCGACGUCUGCCACUUGGUUCUUU